AGGCGCUCACUACAUUUGGAACACUCGUGCGAUCGGGAGAAGAAACUAAAGAUUAUUUUUAAAUUUUAAAUCACAAGCACAAUACAAAAAAAAAAAAAAAUAUAAUAAAAUGACUAGCCCUGUGGAAUUGCUUAGCCUGACGAAUCCCGUUUUCAAGAGCUAUGUCUUCUGGGUCGGAGUUUUGGUGAUCAAAAUCGUCCUGAUGAGCCUCCUAACGGCAAUUCAGCGUUUCAAGACGAAGACCUUUGCCAAUCCCGAGGAUCUGAUGUCCCCCAAGCUGAAGGUCAAAUUCGAUGACCCCAAUGUAGAGCGUGUCCGUCGUGCCCACCGCAACGAUCUGGAGAACAUUCUGCCCUUCUUCGCCAUCGGACUGCUCUAUGUUUUGACCAAUCCCUCGGCCUGGUUGGCCAUCAAUCUGUUCCGGGCCGUGGGUAUUGCCCGUAUCGUUCAUACCAUCGUUUACGCCGUGGUUGUGGUGCCCCAGCCCUCUCGCGCCCUCGCCUUCUUUGUGGCCUUGGGCGCCACCAUUUACAUGGCCCUCCAGGUCAUCGCAGCGGCUGCUUUUUAAAUAAGAGUUAAUCUAGUCACAAAAUUCCAUAAAUUGUUUACAUUUUUGUAAAAGAUUAUUAUUUUUUUUUUAAAUACAUAUAACAAACAUGGCCAUGGUGCUACAUUUUUAA